AAAGAAGUCUGAAAAUAGGGAAUAAGGAAGGAAGCAUUGCGCGUCUCUGAAUUCGUUGGGGCGACAAUCUCGGGCUCUCUUCCAGUGGUUGCGGAUCCAACACCCCCUAACAUUUUUGGACAAUCUGCUGGUGUAGCCCAAACCCCCCACCAACAAAAACUGUAUUGGGUUGCAUGCACACAUUUAUGUACCCUCCAUCGAUCAAAACAAGCAUGUGUUGAUUAUAAAUAACUGUGAUGAAACAGUAAUGCCCGUGUUUGGAGAUGGAAGUCUUGUUGAUUUAUAUGCAUAGCUUUGUGUUGCCACUUCAUGGAUACUGACAAAGCUAAGGAUCCAGCCACAGUUAAAUUACAUUCGCACGUUGAGAUGGGGUCGAUGGAGCUCAAGUCGAUAUUGGGAUAUGAAGAUCAGGCUUUAGUUGGUGCUCCUGAGAGAAAAUCGUUGGAUGAGCCUCCCCGAAAACCUCUAUAUUCUAGUGGUUCAGGGAGCUUCGAGCCUCCCCUUAAAGCUCUAUACUCUAGUGGUUCGGGGACCUUUGAGCCUAACCUUAAAGUUCUAUAUACUAGCAAUUCAGGAAGCUAUUAUCGCAAGGUCAUGAAGAAUACUGUGGUUAAUAGCAUCAAAACUGUAGUUUUCUCUUCAAAACUUAACGUGCUCAUGCCUUUUGGUCCAUUAGCAAUCUUAGUUGAGAAAUUGACUAAUCAUCAUGGCUGGGUCUUCCUUCUAAGCUUGUUGGGCAUCAUACCUUUGGCUGAGCGUUUAGGAUAUGCUACAGAGCAGCUGGCUUGCUAUACAGGACCUACAGUUGGAGGCCUUCUAAAUGCCACGUUUGGAAAUGCCACGGAAUUGAUAAUCUCAAUAUAUGCUCUAAAAAAUGGGAUGAUUCGUGUUGUUCAACAGUCUUUACUAGGCUCAAUCCUGUCAAACAUGUUGCUAGUACUUGGAUGUGCAUUCUUUGCUGGUGGACUCAUUUUUUCUAAGAGGCCACAAGUGUUCAACAAGCCAACUGCCGCCGUGAACUCUGGAUUGUUGUUAAUGGCAGUGAUGGGUCUUCUCUUUCCAGCAUUACUUCACAGUACUCACACAGAAUUGCACUUCGGGAAGUCUGCACUAGCCCUUUCAAGGUUUACUAGCUGCAUUAUGCUUGUGGCGUACGCUUCCUAUCUAUUUUUUCAGCUGAAGAGCCAGCGGAGUCUAUAUGUCCCAGUUGAUGAGCAGGGGGAGGAGAUUCAGAGUAACGUCAAUGAUGAUGAUGAUGAUGUUCCUGAAAUCUCUAAGUGUGAGUCCAUAAUUUGGCUCACCAUUCUAACAGCAUGGAUCUCAAUCCUUUCAGAAUAUUUAGUUAACGCGAUAGAGGGUGCAUCUGUUGCAAUGAAUAUUCCUGUUGCAUUUAUCAGUGUUAUAUUACUCCCAAUUGUUGGGAAUGCAGCAGAGCAUGCAGGUGCUGUUAUGUUUGCCAUGAAAGACAAGCUUGAUAUAACUUUGGGAGUGGCCAUAGGCUCAUCAACUCAGAUAUCUAUGUUUGGGAUUCCCUUUUGUGUGAUGGUUGGGUGGGCAAUGGGGGUUUCUAUGGACUUGGAUUUCCAACUAUUCGAGACAGCUACACUUUUCAUAACUGUUCUGGUGGUAGCUUUCAUGCUACAGGAGGGAACUUCUAACUACUUCAAAGGACUGAUGCUCAUUCUUUGUUACAUUAUUGUUGCUGCAAGUUUCUUUGUACAUAUAGACCCUACUGCAAUACAGGACAAGACCCCUGAAACAGACGGCUAAAAGGAAUCAAUUACCAAUACCCAAAGUCAAUGGCAUGUAUUGUGGAAGUUGUGUUUUUCAGUAGCCUCUUGAAACCUCGGCAAUCAAGAGUAGGUGAAUGUUAGAAGAUUUAGCAUCAAUAUGAUGCUGGAUAGCUUUUACAAGUUGCAAAAUCUACCCAGGUGCCAGGAAAAUGGCGUAGCUCGUUUCUGACUCUGACUAGGCAGCCAGUGGAAAUGCAUUUCUCUCCCGUAUCACAAUACAGCAGAGAAAUGUUAGCUGGAUCAGGGUAGUGUUCCGCAUCGAUUGUUUCAUAAGUAGAAUUGGUAAAUUCAAAUGUAAGAUUUAGAAGGGAAUGUGUGUAUUUCACUGUUAGAGAAAAGAAAAGGAACCGGAACCAAGUUGUUGCUGGAAUUUAAUUUGACUUAUUAUACAUACAAUUCUUUCCAGACACUAUGGCAUGUACAAGAUCGCUGUGAAAAAUUUGUGCUGUUACCU